AUGCGAGAAGAUGCGGCGACAAGCUCCAACAAGGUGACGCAGCUGCAGCUGUUAGUGAACACGGAGUUGUCAGGCAAGUGGGAGACCUACGUCGAAGACCUCAUGAAGUUUCUGUUUGACGUCAAUCGGUACCAGGAGAAGUUUAGCGAGAUGAUCUCGGACACCCUCAUCCAGGCUAUGAUCAAGAAGAACACGCCCGGGCCGCUCAGGACACAGGUGAUGAUGUUCACGGCUUAUCAGACUCUACGUGAGACCUGCGAGUCCUUCGCUCAGCAGAUGAGCCAGCGAGACACGAAGACGGCCCAGAAAAAGUUCGACCCCAAUGCCAUGGGCGUAGACGCCUUCGGCAAAGGUGGCAAGGGCGACUCCAAGGGGAAGGGCUACGGCAGGUCGGACAUGAAAGGCGGCAAGGCGGGUGGCCAAAGGGGCGCAGGGGGCCGAGGCGGCAAAAGCGACGGCAAAGGCAAGACCAACUGUAAGAAGGGUGCGGUGAAGUAUUUUGACGGAUGGUGCUCUAACCCACACUGCGGCAAGUAUGGGCGCAAGAUGGCGGAUUGCAGGAAGUACGGUGGCGGCGCAUGCCAGUCUGGAGGAGGUCAACGGUCCGUGUCGGAGGUCCAACCAGGAUCUUCACAACGACCUGGAUCGGGCACAGCAAGUACGGUCCAUCCAGGCGACUCAGCACCACAGAUGUCGGUACCUACGCAGGCCACGACACGUGUGCCUGGACGGGUGCAGGCGGCAGUACUACCAGAGGACGAAGCGGGUUGGAUGUUUGCGUUCACGGACGACCACGACUGGGGCGAAUGCGAGAUGCUCGUUGACAGUGGAGUUCGCGCUCAUGUCGUACCAAAGACUAUGACAGAGGGGUGCGAACUCACGGGCGAGCCAGGUCAGUCUUUGCGAUCGAUUAUUGGAAAGGGUAUACGGACAUGGGGCAAGCGCACGUUGACUGGAGAGGUUUUCGAUUCGAACACGACGAUCAGUGCGGAGCUCAACGACACGCCAGCUGAAGUCCGUAGAGGUGCUCUUUCAGUCGCGGAGAUGAACGAUGCAGGCUAUUCAGUACACUUUGGCCCUGACGGAGCCAAGAUGUUCAGGGGCAACAAGAAUGUGCAGCAUGAGAUUGACAAAGCACUGGAGUCUACUGUUUCACUCAAGCUACGUCGGAAGGUGAACGCAUUUCUUCUUCCAAUGAGGUUCAAGGAUCCGACGGGCGACGAGUCCAUCAUCGGGGACGUCGACGAGCAACCUGAGACGGAGGGGCGCCCGCCGCACCUGGUCAUAAGAAGCCAGUUCAAGCGUUGGGAGAACUUGUCAGAGCGCACAUUCGGAGAGGCCGUGUACCUUUCGAGGCACGGCGUCAGGACUGGGUAUCUCAUGAAAGUUGUUGUCGAGGCGAAAGGGGGCCAGAGCUACGCCAUAGCAGCCACCAGCGAGUUCUUGGACGAGCUGGGCUACAUGAGCAUGGAUGUGCAGUUGGACGGCGAGCCUGCGCUGGGGGCACGCAUGAAUGGAGUUGUUUCUGAGCGUAUCAAGAAGCUUGGCAAGGGGGCUGCAGAGGAGUUGAGAUUGGCACCGUAUACAUCGCCCAUGCUGGAGUUCGGGGAGACGGUGAUCGGUAAGGAGCACACUGCGCCGCAGGACAAGCUGGGCACGGCCUGGUGCAAAGGGAUGCGGCUUGGACGCAGUACGAAGAGCGACGCUCACAUUAUAGGUGCAGCAACUGGGAUACUUCAAGCCAGGACGGUGAAGCAGCUUACGAAGGAAGAGAGUUUCAAUACGGAGAUUCUCAGAGCUAUGCGAUGGACGCCGUGGAAGACAUCGGUGAAGGCUGGAGCCUAUGACGGCGAGGACUGGCAGCCAACGGAGGGGUGUCCUGGGCGUGAGUACGCAGCAAAGGGUCAGCACGCUCCGAGGCAGGUCAUGGCAAUCAGCAAGCACCAGCAGGGCCAGAGCCAGCGCAAAGUCGAGAUCCAGUUUCGGAGGUUCGGCAGCAGGCGCAUAGGUCUGGUGGGGGCCAUCGAGGGCAUGAGCACGGAGGACCUCAAGAGGCUCGCGGCAGGCUUCAGCACCGUGGGGAUGAUGAGGCUUGUGGCCGAGCUCGACAAGGAGACGAAGGACGACAGCGAGUGCAGCGUCGUGAUGGGCUGGGCGGAGGACGACGAGUGGGAGGCGAAGCAGUGCGAGCUGGAUCGGUUCGACAACUACGACGCGUGGGAGCUCACCCUCAGGGGCCCUCACGGGCCCAAGGCGCUUACGUGGGCAUGGGUCUUGGAGAUGAGGAGUGGCGAGCUCAAGGCAAGGCUUUGUGCAGGGCCAUUUGGCAUGCAGAUUAACAAGAGCAAGAGCGAGCUGUACUGCCCCACUCCCCUUUCGUUUUCAUUCAAGUUGCUCAUGGUGUACGCUAAAGUGAAGGACUUUGCGAUUUACUUAUUCGACAUAUCCCGGGCGUUUCUGCAUACACCUAUUCGGGAGUUGGUCUACGCUGAGGUUCCGAAGGAGUACUGCCACUCACCAGACAGUUCAGAUUUGGUUUUCAAGAUCAACAAGACGGUUUAUGGACUCAACGAGGCAAUGAUCUAUGUCGAUGACCACUUCGAGAACAUUGCUACAGGACGGAGUGAUGAAUCAAAUAUGAUUUUCAAGAGGUGUCUGUCGGAUCCGUGCGCGUUCGCAGACAGGACCAAUCAGGUGGCGAUGGCCAAGCAUGUCGAUGACGGUACGCUGGUUGGGCCUAGAGUUUCAGCCAGCAGAGUUUUGGAGGAGCUCGGCACACACUUUCUGCUUAAGGUUUCAGAACUUACGGUUGGUGGUCCAGAUAUCAAGCAUCUUGGACGUGGCUGGCUCCGUACCCCCGAGGGUAUUCAAGUUCGCAUGUGGCCUGCUAUUGUGAAGAAGCUACUCGGCUCUGAGCCCAAUGAUACGAAGACGAGCCCAAUACCUAGAAUCAAGAAUGAGAGGAAGGUCGAGAGCGAGGAGGAGUCGGGCGCUACGGCGGCCACGAGGUUCAGGAGCAUCAACGGCCUCAACAUGUUCGUUUGCUUAGAGAGGCCCGAGUGCCAGCACGCGGCGACGGUGCAGGCCGAGUUCAACGCGCUCGUGCACGUCGGUAUCGAGGCGAGGGGUGCUCAGACAUAUCUCAAGAAGCUCCUGGACGACGCAGCGCCUGUGACGCUGGAGAGUGACAACUCUAGCGCGCUCACGAACGUCGAGAAGAAGGGAGUUGGUAGGAUGCGGCAUAUCGAGCUGAAGGACCUGUGGAUCAAGGACCUCGUCGCACGGAAGUCAGAGACGAAGGUCAGCACCAAUAAGGUCCAUACCGAGGAGAAUACACCAGACACCGGGGCGAAGCAUCUGUCGAGGAUCGAUUGCACGAAGCAUCUGACGGCACUGAAGGCGCGGCUUACUGGAAAAGGUGAUGAGAGCCAUUUUGGCUAUUCCACAACGGUCGUGAUGAUGAUGCUCACCCUUUUGAGUGUUAUCGCAGCGAGUGCAGCCUUCAAAGUCAAGCAGCACAUCGACCGCGUCAUGCAGCCAGCACAGAAAGAUGCCCCAACUCAGUACAGCCUGAAGGACACGAUGAAGAAUGGAGCUACGAGCAAGAUCGUGGCCAAUGAUCUUCGGGCUAUGUUCACAGCUAUGACCAUAGACAGUGGACGGGAGUUUCUACGGCUACGGCGGGUGGAUCGGGCUAUCUCGACGUAUACAAAGGCGAUGGUGGUCGAAGCAUGCGUGGCGACCGCCCUAAACAAGAUCAGACAGGACAAUAUCUACAGUUGAUGAGUUUGUCGGGAUUUGGCACCCUCACUCGCUGGCCAUGAUUCGAUAUUGAUAUGUUUCCAGAUUACGUGCCCAAUCUUGGCAUGAAGCUGCAGAUGGGCCCGAGGAGGAGUGCUGGAAACAAGGGAUAUAUCAAUGAUUUGAGUGAGGAUUGUUGUGCAUGCGCUGUUGUAACAUUUGUGUACUGUG